AUGAUUUGUUUUCAUAAUAACAGUCAUCACGUGAUCAGUGCCGCCGCCGAAGACACCGACCAAUCGCUAGUGUCUGUAGUGAUCGCCGCCACCACUACUCACGCCUCCCCCCUCUUCACCGCCCACUCACUCACGAGUGCCGACUGUUAUCACCGCAACUGGUCAUCCGAUACGAUAGCCGUGUCUUUCACGGCUGGCGAUGGCCGCAGAGGUGGCAGCGGUUCCGCCUCCGCCGCCAACACUACCGGUCCGUCCGGACAGCCGUCGGCGGCGUCAGUGGCCGGGAGUCCAUCGUUGGGCGCGUCGAUCAUAAACUUCCAAAUGCCGCACACAUUGCCUCAAAUGAUACCUUCGCUGCCGUUUCCCAAUUAUCUGCCAACAAUGCCGUCGCUGCAGGACUACGUCCAACAGUUGGCCACUUUGCCGGCCGGCGUGUCGAUGCCGUCGAUGCCCAACCUGUCGAUGCCCUCAAUGCCAUUUCCCGACCCGUCGCCCAAUCAAGCCUUGCGCAACGCUGUGAAGACAUCCCAUCGGCGGUUCUCGGAGAUUGGCUGCAAAGUGCCGUUUAUGUUCAAUUGGCGCGAAGACGCGGCCAACAAUCGGCUCCGGAUCUACUUCUUGUCGUCGAUCAACAAUUCGGCCGAAAUUACGCUCAUUUACUGUGACUUCGACACAGCGGCGGCGCCGCCAACAGCGCCACCGGUUCCGCCCCAUCAACACAAUCCGCCCUCAAUAGUGGCCAACUCUCGCACCCACUCAUCGCACUCUUCAUCAUCGGCGGUCUCGCCGUCGGCGCCGAAUCGCUCGCUGGCGCCUAAUAGGAUCACUUCGCCCAUCGAUAUACACAAACCGAUUGACUGUUCCCUAAACGCCAGCAACGAAGUGGUGAUGAAUGAUCACAAGGCGUCGACGCCGACGGCCAACGACUCGUCAAUGGCCGACGAAGACGACGACGGAUUGGAUGAAGAGUUUAUGCCGAUGAGUGGCGGCCGCCGGGACGGCGACAAAGACAUGCUGUUCAACACAGACCUGAACCGCAAACCCGAGGACACAUUCCGAUUGCAUUGGAAGCCACUGAUCAUCACGAGUAAGCCGUCCACCGGUUUUGGUGACAAUAGCGGCGGCGCCGACGGCGGCGGCCAUCAGAAGACAAACUCACGCGAAGAGAACCUACAGCUGGAGAGGAAGCGGAUUAUGUUUACGGGCAUCACGUCAUACGAGUACCAGCAGAAGAGUUCUCGUUUUGUGUUCACCGCCGGCGAAACUCUGUACUGGUUUGACGACCCUCUGGAUCAGCCCACGGGUGAUGGCGCGUAUCCGCCGCCCCGAACGCCGCCCUAUUUGCCAAAUAAGUUGGACUCGACGACCAGUUUUGCGAAAAUGAAUCCACAGUUGUGUCCGUCGGACCCGAAUCUGGUGGCAUACGUGGCUGACGGCGACCUCUGGGUCUGCAAUCUGAAGAGCGGUCUCGAGUUUCGCUUAACUGAGACCAAGUUUGACACCGACUCCGGCGUAAUGUCCGCCGGACUGCCUUCUUAUGUCAUACAAGAGGAGUUCCGCCGAUACACCGGCUUCUGGUGGCGACCGGACAACGAGUACGACCACAUCGACAGCACGUCCGGCGACGUGAGCUAUAGUAUACUCUGCGAGUUCGUCGACGAGAGCGAAGUGGACCUCAUGAAGAUCGCCAGUUGGGACGGCACUGUCGAAGAGUAUCGGUUCCCACGACCGGGCCAACCGAACGCCGAGUCGUCGCUAUCUAUCGUAACGUUUUCGUUGAAUCCGAUGACACAACUGAUUAGCGACGUUAAGAUCUCUUCGCUGCCGAAGUCACUGCCGGACGCGUUCCCGGCGUACGAGUAUUUGGUCCGUUGCGGUUGGCAUUCGUUCGACGCCCUAUGGAUACAGCUCUUAGACCGAAGUCAAUCGCAUCUAGUCUUAGUGAUGAUGUCGGCGCAGGACCUGUUCCCGCCCCAAGUGGUCUACGAAGAGCGCACCAAUCAGUGGAUCAACUGUCACGAUGUGCUUCACUUCUACGGCGCCGACAGCGCCGCCACCGUUGGCGAAGAGUUGACCGCCGGUUCGGUACUCAAGUUUCUCUGGUCGUCAGAAGAGACCGGUUUUCGCCAUUUGUAUCAAAUCGAAGUGCAAUUAGUGGCCAACGGAUCCAAUGAUGACAGUAUGAUGAAUGACGAUCAGCUGUCCGAUGAUAGCACAGUCGCCGCUGCGGUGGCGCCUACUUGUGAGCCAACUCUCGCUACCAAUGAGGACACGAACGGCGCAAAAUUGCCCAAAUUGGACGAGCGCUCAGAUUUCAGUACAAAUGAUUCACAACGAGUUAAAUCAGGCACAGAUUACGGGCAAAACUCGCUAGACUUUCAGCCAAUCGGAACGUUACGGUCGAAACUGAUCCGCAAAACGCAGUUAACGUACGGCAAUUGGGAGGUCAGCGAUAAGGAGGUCUGGUGUGACGAACCCAACGGACUCGUGUACUUCACGGGACUCCGAGAGUCGCCGCUCGAGCGGCACCUAUACGUGAUAUCCGUGAAUCAUCCGAAACUGGCGCCCAAACGGCUCACCGCCGAAGACUUUUCGCACACAACUAUUGCCUUUAACACGAGUUACAAGUAUUUUGUCGACAUUCAGUCCAACAUAACGAUACCGCCGUUCGGUUUCCUCCAGAAACUGGUGGCGCGAACGCCGGCCACGACUCUGCCGGACGCCGAGUCGGCGCGACUAUUCCUGGGCUCGUCGGCCAAUCCGGGCGAAGACAGCGACCAAAUGGAUUUGUUGCCGGGGAUGAGCGCACCGCAGCUCUUCGACUAUCGGCUCAAGUCGGGUGAUAUGAUCUACGGAUUCAUAUUCAAGCCCGAGUGCAUGGAGGACGGCGUCCGCUACCCAGUGCUGCUCGAGAUCUACGGCGGACCCGAAGUACAGUUAGUCAGCAAAUCGUUCAAAGCUGUCCGCCACUGUCGCCGCCAUUUGUUGGCCUCCGAGGGCUAUAUAGUGGUGGCGUUGGACUCGCGCGGCUCCAAACACCGAGGUGUGCAGUUCGAGGCGCACUGUCGCCGCCGCUUGGGUCAGGUGGAGAUCGCCGAUCAGGUGGAAGCGCUGCAGUGGUUGGCCGAGAAUACGGGUUUCAUCGACAUGACACGGGUGGCAGUGCACGGCUGGUCGUACGGCGGGUACCUCUCGCUCAUGGCGUUGGCCCAGAGGCCCGAUGUGUUCAAGUGCGCCAUCGCCGGCGCGCCCGUCACCAACUGGCAGUUGUACGACACCGGCUAUACCGAGCGCUAUAUGGACACACCGGCCAACAAUCCCGACGGCUACCGACUCGGCAACGUUAUGACACAUAUUAACUCGUUUCCCAAUGAGGAGAAUCGUUUGUUGAUAAUCCACGGCCUGAUGGACGAGAACGUGCACUUCGCCCACACCGUGCAGUUGGUCCACGCGCUGGUCAACGCCAACAAACCCUACCAAUUAAAUAUUUAUCCGUUCGAGAGGCACAGCCUCCGGCACUCCCAGUGCUCCGAACACUACGAGACACUAUUGCUAUCACCCAAACGCGCGAUGAGAUUACUUACUAGUGAUGUGUGCGAUGUCUUCUUCACCACACCAUUCAUUAUCAUCUACUCAUACCUCGGGAGAGAAAGAGUUGUUUCGGUGGAACCGAUCCGCUCUCCAGUCGUUACCGUUUUCAUCCGUUACGGCCAUACCAUUGACUCGACUGCAGCGGUCGCCCACCGCUAUGACCGCCGUCGUCGGCCAGACCAUCACCUGUGGCUCAAGACAUACAAACACCAGCCAAUCACCACUGCUUAG